AUGGGCCGGGCCUUGGAAUGCGAGGCUGCUGCUGCUGCUGCCGCCGCCGCCGCCCUCAUCAUCCUGGGUUGUCGUCGGCAAAGCCCUGAAGGGACCGAAGCGACGGUGAGUCUGUGAGGGAGGGGCAGGGAGAAAGAGAGAUAAGCAAGCCACGCCCUUGUUCUAGGCCACGCCCAUUCGGGUGUCCCCACGCCUCGGUUAUCCCAAGCCACGCCCUUUUCGACCCCUCCUUCCUAUUUAGACCACGCCUACCAAGCAUGUCACCAGUUCUCUCCCCCCCACCACCCAUGUUCCUCUGCCCCACAAACUGUACCUCCCCCCAACCGCGCUUCUCUCAUGGCUGUGUGAAGUAGAUUUGGUUUAUUUAUUUGGAAUAUUUAUUUAUUUGGCCUGUGCUGCCAUCGCUAAAGCGACCCCAUGGAGGGGAAUGCAAUCAAAACUAAAACUAUAUCGAACAAAUAGCAAUUUAAACUUGCAGCCAGCGUGGGCAGAGGAACACCACAACACCCAGCGUCAGUGCUCAUUCCCAACAAAGGCCAGGGCAGACAAGGUAAGGCCUUUGGGUGGUGCCAAAAAAACCAAUCAAGAGUUCACACUUCCAGUAUUUCAGAAAAGAAGUUUAUUAAGGUGGUGCCGCCACUGGGAAGGCCCACACCUGUGCUGCCAUAUAGCACAUUUAAGCUGGAGCAGCCUUCCCCAAGCUGGCAUCCUCCAGAUGUUGGGCUUUUAGCUCCCAUCCCUGACCAUUGACCACACUGAUUGGAACUGACAGUGUUGGAGUUCAGCAACAUCUAGUAGUCACCAUCUUGGGUAAAGUGGUGAGAGGUGGUUUGUGCCACCUGAUGAGCUCCUUUGAGAAACAGUGGAGUCAGUGUUCUGUAGUGGUCAGUGUUAGACUAGGACCUAGGAUAUCAGCCAUGACGCUCAUUGGGUGACCUUGGGCACCUCACAGAGUUGUGGGGAUUAAAUGAGGAGGUGGAGAACCAUAUACGCCACCUUGAUAUCAUUGGAGAAAAGAUGUGAUAGAAAUGCAAUAAAUAUAAUAAAAUAGAUACUAAAAUAUAUACUAAAAUAAGUACAGUGGUACCUCCAGUUACGAACUUAAUUCGUUCCAGUGGUCUGUUCUUAACCCAAAACCGUUCUUAGCCUAAGGUGCACUUUUACUAAUGGGGCCUCCCACUGCUGGCGUGUGACUUCCGCUUGCAUCCCGAGGCAAAGUUCGCUACCAGGAGCACCUACUUCCAGGUUAACGGAGCUCAUUACCCGAAGUGUUCGUAAGGAGGACGGUACGUAACCCGAGGUUCCACUGUACUUAAUUAGUUUGCUUGACUAUUUAUGCUUAUUUACCUAAAUCACAUCUUUUUGCCAAGGUAUGCUUGGUUCUCUUUACCAUUCUUAUCCUCACUAACCCUUGAGGUAGAUUAGGCUGAAGUCAUGACUGGCACUUGUUGAGCUGUAUGUCUGAGUGGGAAUUUGAACCUGGGUCUCUCCAAUCCUAAACCAGCAGCGCUAACACCUUUUUCUCUCUUCCAGCUGGUUAAUUGUAAACCCCUCCCAGUCUUAUUUGUGCAUUUGAAAACAACCUCUACUUAACCAGACUUUUCAUCGCCAUUUGACAACUGAUAGCCUGUAUUUCACCCCCACCCCUACAAACUAUCAUGGAUAAAAUCAGCCGUUAUUGCCUUCUACUCUUCAAUACCUUGUUACUUUGGGUUUCUCCCACUUUUCAACCCUAUCCCAUCUUUGUAGCCCUGUCCUGUACUUGGAGGUAUUCCCAGUUAAUGUGCACGAGAUUGCAGCCCUUGGAUAACUGUUCCAUCCCACAGCAAAAGCUGUACCAUGCUUCAUCUAGGGCUCACUGAGCAUAUGGUUGCCUGAACUGCAUUGCCUCAGGGAGGAUGCACUUGAUUGAAUGUUCCUCUCUCUUUAUAUAUAUGUAUAUAUUUAAAAAUCCAUCCACAUAGAAAACCAGGAAAUCAGGAACCCUGCUGUCUCCCUGACAUUGUUUUUUUUUUUUUAAGCACAUGAUUUGAUGGUUUACUUUCAAGUCACCACUUACAGGCUGAUGUGGUAUAGUCUAGACACUGGCUUGCCAUCUCUAUGAGAAAUUGGUCCUGGUUUCCCUGUUGAUCAGGAUUUCCCCAUCAUGCUGUUAUCUUUGUUCUUGUCUCAGCACAGUUUGAUACAGAGGCUUACAUUUUUCCUCCUGGCAUAAAGGUGAAAUCCUCAACCAUUAGCAUUCAUUUUCCAGGACUGCCAGUGACCUAGUCCUGUAAAUGAGAAUAAGUUUUCUCCUUUUUUUCCAGCCAUGGCUUUGUGUUCCUCCAUGAUUGUAGGACCAAGUUUGAGAGAAAAUGUUUUUAAUCAACCCAGUGACUGGGAUAAUUGGCUUUCUGUUCUGAUAUGUCUGCUAAAAAAAUUUCAUUCACCUUGUACAGAAAAACUCACAUUGAGAGCCAGAUGCUGAUGCUUUUGUUGGCUGCUGUCUUUGCAGCAAAGAAAUCAAGGAACAUUGUCAUUGAUUUAAUUCAUUAUCCUUGGCUUUAAGAGACACUGCUCAUUAGGUUUCUUUAUAUUGAGUCAGACCGAUGGUCCAUCUACACCAGCAUUCUCUACUGUGGCUAGCAUUGGCUUUCAAGAGUCUCUGGUAGAGAGAUGAUAUGUCCAUCUCACCAGUCUUUGGUUCCCCUCACUCCUUUUUUUCCCUUUUCUGUGACAAGGGAUUGAACUAGGUAGGACAUACUGCCAGGAAACUGCAUGUACUCCACCUAACUCCUCAAUUGGCUCCCCACCACCAUCACUGCUCAAUACAACCUCUCUGUUUAAGGUCCUCACAUUUCAGAUGAUUUAAGCAAAUUGUGAAACAAGUAAGAACCUGAAACUUUGAUAAUCAUUUUGGAGUAGGCACACACAACUUGUGUUGUUGCUAUUUUGAUUUGUUACCUGCCCUUCACCAUGCAAUCCCAGGGCAAGUUAUAGCAUUAUAAAAAUACAACAUUAAAACAGUUUAAAGCCAAUCACAGUCACCAAAGUAGAGAGAGGGUCCCUAUUGUACUACAAGAAUUUGUAGUCCCUGCUGUAUCUCUGUGCAGCUUUUAGGAUCGUAAGAAGCUGCCUUACACUGUGUCAUACCAUUGGUCCACCUAGCAGGAAGUUCUGUGUUAAAGUGGGUCCACUCCUACCUGCAGAGUUGCUACAAGCAAGUAGGACUAGCAGAUUGUCGCUUGGCUCAGUGGUUUUUGGACUACGGGUCCCACAAGGGCCCUUUUCGUCUCGUUGCUAUUUUAACAUUUGUAUAAAACUGUUGGGAGCAGUCAACUGGGGAUUUGGAAUGCUCUUUAAGAAAUUUAUGGACACGUUUGCCACCCUAGACUCCUUUGGGAGGAAGGACGGGAUAUAAAUUCAAUAAGUAAAUAAUAGCUCAAUAUUGUAUACAGUGACAGGCAGAAACACACCAGGGUUCCAGCCAGGGGUCUCUCCAGUUCUACCUGGAGAUGCCAGGAAUUGAACCUGGGACCUUCUGCAUGCAAAGCAGUUGCUGCACCACUGAGCAGUGGUAUUGUGAUAUUGUUACCUAUUAUUCAAAUAUGAUUCUAGUCCUUUUGGUUGUUGAGAGUCUGAAAACACGAUGGCAGUGAAACAAAAUCAUGGUAGUUUCCCCAUGCAUAUUUGUCGUUACCAUGCAGUGCAGUAGGACACUUUGUUGAAAUGUUUUGCCGAAAACCAAAUGGUGUAAAGCAGUCGCCCUCUACCUGGUACAAUAAGGAUCUUGACAUGUAUAAUUUAUUAGAAGAGAACAGCCUUUGGCUUCUUAUUUUGCUUACCGAAAACUGACUUGGGUGACAUAAUUUGUUCUUGAAUUUUUAACGUGAUGAAUGUGAGCAUGAUGAAUUUUUGUGGGGAAGGGAACCUUCAUCAGUAAAGUUCGUUAACCAGAAAUAGGAGUCAGUAGUUUAGUAGGUAGUUGUGAUAAGUGCUGUUUCUUGGACUUUGAUGUCAAAUACUUUAGCUGUGUACCUGCGUACUUCCAAGCUCUCUAGUGUUUUAAUAAAGGCGUCGGUAGCAGUACUCGAGACAAAUCAUGUGAAGCAGCUCUAUGUGGAACUGAGUUAGACUAUUGGUCCAUCUAGCUGAAUUGUUUCUCUUCUGAUUGGACUGAUCCUUCAGGGUUUCGGGCAGAGGUUAUUUCAUUUAUUUAUUUUUAAAUGAUAUUUAUUAAGAGUUUUAAAGUUACAAAAAAGCAGAAAAGAAAAAGAAAAAGGAAAAACAAAAGAAAAACAAACCACAAUCAAACAAUACAAAUUGAUAAAAAUCAAGAUCAAAAAAUAAGAACAAAGCACGUAACAGAACACAAUCAAAAAACAAAAAUAAGCCACAAAAAUUUAAAAACAAAUCCAAUAUUCUCAUGUCCUUGACUAUCAUUACCUUCUUUCUUUGACCUCCUCACUCCUCCCUUUUUUUGUAUCCUAGUUAUUAAUAGUCACAGCAAAUCCUUUCCAUUUUUCAUAAUAUUCUUUCAUUACAUCACCUUAAUCUAUUUUAAACUUAUCUUACUAUAAAAGACCUUAAAACUUAAAACUUAGAUCUUAUUUAUACCAAUUUCUCAUAACCAUAACAUAUUCUUACAUAAUUCUUUUAACUUUUUUGCUAAAGCCAAAUAAUUUCGUUCCAACAUUUUUCUAACAUUCAUCAAUUUUAUAAAACAAUCCUAAUAUUUUUUUUUCUUCCAAUCUUCAUCCAGCGUCUCUUCCUCCUGGUCCCGGGUUUUGUCAGUCCUUUCUAUCCCAUCAAUCUAGCGCAUUAACCUGGUAAUCUUAUGUCCGAGGCCCUUAAGUCUCUUCCAUGUCCCUUCCGUGGCUCUUCUUCAUAUUUAUACCUGUACUUUACUUUGUCUCCUGCUCCUUUCACUCGUGGGAACUCCAACUCCAAAAACUCCAACAGUGUUUUUGACCCUUCUCGACAAAUCAAUCCCUUUUCCAUGCUCCACACUAAACCCCAUGUGGUAUUUAAAAACAUGUUUCAAAGUCCCGGGCAGAGGUUAUUUCAAGCACUUGGACCUGAAGUCCUUUUAACUGGAGAAGGCAGUGACUGUACCUGCAUGCAAAGUGGGCACUUCGUUACUGAAAGCUAUGGUCCUUCUCUACUGGAUUAAGCAAUCCAGUAACUGGCAUGCAAAAGAAUAGGUAGAUUUUUGUAUGUGCUUGGAAAGCUCUUCAAAUGAAAGUGGUUGGAUGUGUAUACAGUUUAAUGGAACAUACAUCACACUGCUUUGUAUUUAUGUCAUAAGCAUUGAGAAAGCUCCAGAUGACUUCCUUUCAAAACCUGGAUUGGGUUUUGGGUGUGUGUAACCGUAAUGGGGGGGGGGGGUAGUGUCUGUAGGCUUGCUUGUGUAAUCCUAACCAAAGCCAGGGUUCAGUAAAUCUCAACUAUGUAGGAAGAAGGACUAGUUUCAGAUUUGUGUGUCUGUUCCUAUCUUGCCAUUUGUAAACUUCAGGCCCUUUUAGGUGUGUCUGUGUCCAACUCUCAAAUUGUGACUGCUUUCAACCAGCCUGUUGCUGAAUAAGUGGGUCUGCCCUCUUUCCCUGCCCUCCUCACAAGCAGAGUGGAGAUGGCUGGGCUCUGUGACAUCACGGUUUCACACAGUAUGGCUGAGACUUGCUGCUGAAGGGGGCUAUGGACUUGUGACUGGCCCUCAAGGUUGAACAGGGUCUGCCCGCUUUCCAUGAUGGGAUGACAUCAUGCAGCACCGUGUGGGUCGGGCAGCGCCUUCGAGGCCUGCAGAAUUCCCAAGCCCCUUCACCCUUUCAGCUAGAACAGUUCACCUUACUUACGUGUAAGUAAGUAAAGUCAUCUUAAAGGACUGAUUAUGGAUCAUGCAGUGGGUGGAAGGAGAGGGUGCAAGACACAAGCAUAUACAAACUGUGAAGGUCAGAGACUUGGGAGAUACAAAAAGUGAAAGGUAGCCUAGCAUAAUUGAAAAUAAUUCCCUGACUUUCCUAACGUGCAGCUGGUCAUGUACAAAGGCAGCUUCCAGGGAAAAUAUCUUACUUCAAGAUCAUUUUGUGUAUCCAAUUGCAGAAAAUCUACCAUUAGCUAGAGUAGAGCAACUGUGACCUUGAGCAUGGAAUACUUGGACAAAAUAAUCAGGAGGGGGUUAAUUGGGCACUUAUAGGUAGAUUGAGUCUCCUGCAGCUGCUGCUUUCCUGCAGAAGGGCUUCCCCUGGGCUACAGACCUGUAUAAUGAAAGACUGGCCAGCCUGCCUUCUGAGAGAGGAGAUGCUGACUCUGUAGUUAGCAGAGCCAGUUUGCUGUGAGAUUUUCAUUUUCCGUUUUUGAAACCAUGCCUUAACUGUGUGUGACAGCUUUGCUUACAUUGUCAAUGCGAAUAUUCUCACUAAUAUUGUCACUGGUGCCCACGUUUAGGGCCCUGUAGAUUUUUCUUUUCUGCCAACAAAAAUAUUUUGGGGGGAAGGGGGAGCUAAUCUGACUGCAGAGACGGAAUUUUUCCCAAUUGAAUUCAUGGUCAUGAAACCUCAAGCACUGUGUCUGGGGAUGUGUUCAUACUUAAGAUAAUAGGUGAAGGUGCCUCUAUAUAUGAUGCUUCGAUGUCCAUACAGUGGUACCUUGAUUCUCAAAACCAAGGCAUUCCAAAACCAAGGUGCGCUUUCCCAUAGAAUGUAAUGCAAAAUUUAUUAAUCCGUUCCAGACUUUUAGAAACAACCCCUAAAAUAGCAAUUUAACAUGAAUUUUACUAUCUAACGAGACAAUUGAUCCAUAAAAUGAAAGCAAUAAACAAUGUACUGCAGUCGCACAAUCAAUCAAUCAGUAGCUGAACUGGGUUCCACACAGUCACAAAAACGAAACAAAAAAGCCGCAAAAACAGAAAUGUGAAAUAAAUAGCAAAAACAGACAGAUCUCAAAAUGGAAGUGUGGCACUCAAAUUGGAAGUGUAACACUCAAAACAGAGCAUGUUUGACUUCUGAAAAAAGUUCGCAAACCAGAACACUUACUUCCGGGUUUGCAGUGUUUGGGUUCCAAGUUGUUCGAGUACCAAGGUACCACUGUACACUGGUUUAGUGUUCCAGGUAGUUUGCAAUAUUCCAUUCUAUUCCCCACCUACCUGCUUUUCUGUUCUCUCCCUCCCCAAAUCAUUAGUCAGCAUUCUGUGACCACUGAGUGUGGCCAGUGCUCAGUGGUUUGUUUUGGGAUCCUGCCUUUUUUAUUAUUGUUUUUAACUUCAGCAAAUUCUGAUGGUUCCGCAAACUUGCUGAUACCUCUCUCGUGAGUGUGUGCUGUUUUGGCUAUGCAAGUUCUGUCACCUACCUCUGAACUUCAUAAAUGGAGGGAAUAAUAUCCCACCUUUCAGUUUGCUAAAAUUUCCAAGGCAAGUUCCCAGUUAAGGUUAAUAUAAAAAUAAACAUAAUUAAGACCUUCCCCAAAGCAUUGCCUGUAUAAAUAGCAAAUAGACAGCAAAAUAUAAACACGCAGAUACACAAAAAUCCACUCAGAAGUAGUAAAAUUAAAUCAUAAUUCAGUAAAAGAAAAAAAGAAAAACAAAUGGCAGGUAACAUCAUUAUUAACUGGCACCUAAAGCUUCAUGAUGUUGGUGUCAGGUAAGCAUCCCUAGGGAGGGAGUUCAGCCAUGGAGGAAGAGACAAUGCCCAGAUAUUUGGAGAAGGACUUCCAAUGAAAUUUAUCAUGGCUGGACUGGUUCAUGUAAGAGCAGAUAGCUUCUUAGGUAUCCAGGUUCCAAGUCAUUACUAACCUUAAAAGUCAACACCAGCAUUUUUAAAUUGUGCCCAGAAUGAAACUACAAGAUACAAUCCAAGUCAGUAAUUUAGCGACCGUGUUGUGUUCCAGGUAGAAGUUCUCAGAUAGAGAGUCUUCUACAGCACAUAUUGGUGUUUCCCAGUUGUGAAAUCUCUUGCUGGAAGAACAUGGAGGUGAAAGGAUCAGACAGCUGGACAGCAACGUGGAGCAGCUGGGCAGGGCAAAUGGUUUGAGUCUGAGAUUUCCUGAACAGCUGAUGGUAGAUAAUGCCUAUCAUUAACAUUAUCCUCUCGUCAGAAAAAUGAAAAGCCCCUUCCCCCCACUUUUUUUCCUAGAGAUUCAGUGUUUAUCCAAGGGCAGAGGAGAAAAGCGGCCUUUGUAACGUGAUAAGUGAAUCAGAGGUCAGAAUGGAAGUUUUCCUCCACGUUAGUGCAGGUUUUUGGCUUCUACAGAUGUGUUGUAAUUCCAUCACAGAAGACACCUCAUGCUUUGUUAUAACCUUGCUGCUGUGCUUGUAACUAAUGAGUGGCUUUAUUAUGUCUGUGCAGGUUACAUCAACUAUGACUACAUGCAUCUUAGAAGCCCAAAGGAACAGCAAGAUGUCAGACUAACACUCACACUCCUUGUCAGGUAUGUGUUCAUUCUGGAUUUAUUGCCCAGCCUGUCCCCAGAGGCUCAAGGUGGUUUGCAAAUAGAAAUACAAAUGGUUAGAUGCCGUUAAGUCCCUAAUGGUGAGCCUAUAGCCCAGAAUAAGCUUUCUUCAGAUUUGUAAAAAUAGAGCAAUAGACGUAAGUAUGAUGCCUUGGAACAAGCUACAACAGCUCACCUUAAAAUGCCAACGCAGGGAGGCUCCUCCACUCUUCAAGCAGCUUGUGUGUAGCGGCUCAGCAAGUAGAAGUGGCAUUUGUCUUUGCUAUUUCAAAUGCUGUAUUUGCCAGACCAAAAAAAAAGGCGAGGGGAGGGCCAUAGCUGAGUGGUAAAUCGCCAGCUUUGCAUGCAGAAUGUCCCAGGUUCCGUCUCCAGGUGGGGCUGCGAAAAACUCCCUGUCAGCGUAGACAAGACUGAGCAAGGUGGACCAAUGGUCAGACUCAGUAUAAUGUUCCUAUGAACUGGCGGCACCCCUGGAUUGGCAUAGCAACCUGCCACACAUAAAUGGCAGAUCAUUUGUAUGUGUUCAUUAGGUCUUUGUCUUCAAGGUCUUUGUCUUCAAGAUAAACUUUCAGCAUGCUUCCAUUCAAAGUUCAUGCUGUUCCUGGGAUGUUACCUUAAUAGGCCUUUUUGUACUUGCAUCCUGAUCGUAGUAAGUUGAGCAAUUUAUGCAGCUACCCUCCCCCUCCGCAGUUCAACUUGCUUAUUUGCUCAACAGGCUUUAGUGACUUAAAGCAGCAUGUUGCAUAGAGGUGAUGUGCUGUAAUGCGACUGAGGCUGAAGUCUCUACUUCAAAUCUUGCUUCCCCUCCAAGUGUUCCUGGACUACAACUCCCAUUGUUUGUGAAUACCCUUUGACAAGGGGUGGGGUGGGGUCUGCCUUAUAUGGUUCAGAAACACCAAAAGUUCUUACUAUGAUCAAAUUGGAUGGUGCAAGUUUAAUGUUUGGAAGAGAAUCAGUAAUGACACAAAUUGAUAAGCAUGUGCUUUAAACUACAUUGAAGCUGGCUUGCUGUAAGGAAGGGGACCUAGCAUAAGCUGGAAAGCGGUGAGGCAUCUGCUCAGAUAUCACAAAUCAAUGCAGUGCUUUCAGGUUGCUCUCCAACAUGGUCCUUAAUAGCAGUGAAUCAAUAGGGAUUUCAGUGAUGAAAGUGCUUCUAGGGUUUCAUGCUAUUUCUGGCACUUUUGGGGUUAUGCUGCAAUCUGGUCAUAAUACUUUGAUUUUCUAUAUAGAUAGUUGGAGGCUCUCUGGGGCCUCCUUUCUGUUCCUGGUGCGAUGAGGCAAUGUGCAAAUAAAUGAAGCUCAUUAUAGUUCCACUCCAGACACCAAGUGCAGUUCAGUGAACACCUAGUCCCACCAGCAAAACAAAAACCCUCCAUCUGCUGGGAGAGAGCAUUAUUGCAAAAUGAAACCAAUAGGGUAGCUAAAAAGUCGGAAUGUUAUUUAGUAUUUAAAGAUGCUGAGUUGUAUCCAAGUAAAGUAGUAUUAAUGGGUCUAACAUUGGAUAUAACCCUCAAUUUUAUUUUUUAAGUAAAUGAUACUGUUUCUCUUUCAAAAAUAUGCCAAAUUUAAAAGGAACAAUGUUAAUGCAUGCACUUGACAUUAUUGUGAGCAUCUAUCAAAAUUACUCUUAUUUACAACACGCCAUUCAUCGUUAUGGUGCUUUACUAAGUACAAAGACACAGCACUCACUCUCAUUUCACUGAAAUCACUUAGAAGAUAGCAGCACAUUUUGCCCCAUUUCUUUCUAGAAGGGCUAGAGACUGUCUUAUCUAUUUAUUUAUUUAUGGCUGCAUUUAUAUCACACCUUUAUAUAUAGAAGGGGUUUGGUCUCCCAGGUGCUCACUCGACACUGGGGUACCUGCCCUGGGUCACUAAUUAAAGCUUUUGUUCAUGCCAUGGUACCCACAAGCAUUGGGCUGGCAGUUUCUGACAAGGAAGAUAGCAGAAGAAGAGGAAAGGAGGAAUUGAAAGCAUGUGUAUACAGUGGAAUAAUAUUUCAGCAGCACAAUGUUAGAUUUGGUAAUGUUAUGAGAACUAUAGGGAUGCACCAAGGAACAUGUGGCUUUUCAAGGAAGGAUUUGAAGAAAGUAAGACAAAUGAGCUCAAAGUUGUAUUCUUGGAGGAAGUUUCAGUCAUUAGACUGGGAGCCAGUGAGAUGGCAUCCUUUAUCUUACUAGUUCAUAUGUGUGAUUUUAUACCUUUUAUUUUAUGUCCUACAACAAUCUGAGCUCUGCAAAGUGUUCUGUUUCCAAAUUAUGAAUAGUUAUAAUUCCCAAUAACCAAACAGCAUAGGCAUUUUCCAUCUCAUAUUUUUCCCACUUAAGACCAACCUUUAUUUCUGUAAUGUUUUGAACAUCAGAUCAUAUACAAGUUUAUUAAUAAGUUCCACUUGGUUCAGUAGGCGUUACUUUCACAUAAAUGUGCAUAUUCUACAGGAAGGCAGUCUCACUUAAUAUCCAUGCAUAUGUGUGCAGAAGGCCAAAGAUAAAUUUAUCUCUUGUCUGUAUUGUGGACUGCAGCUCCCUUGAGCACGAGCCAGGCCUGAUGAUGUUUUGCUCUGUGGAUGUUGGUAGUCCAAAACAUCUGGAGGAUUCCACCUCAGCUACCUUCGUGUAAACAGUACUGUGCUAAAUGGACCACUGGUUUGACUCUGUGUAGGACUAUAGUCUGUAUAAGGCAGCUUCCUACAUUUGUAGGUUGUAGAACAACUCAGCUUAGUUGCAACCAAUUUGCUUCACAACAGGAAUCAGUGAAUAUAACACUUGUUCACAAAACAUAUCAAUUUUAAAAUGGGGAAACUUGAUUUAAAGACAGUGAUUUAAAUAACACUACUAUUUUUAACUGAUUUUAAAAUGACUUGAUUUAGAUCGUUCUAUCCUGGGAAUGAGUAUAUAAGCCAGUGUGUAAAAAUAAGGUGUUCUCACGGAAAGCAGUAUUAUUUCAUAAGGGUGGAACCUAUUUCACCACUUAACCACUUUUGAAUGAACAGAAUGUGUGGGCAGCAGAAAGAGCAUCUGUUCCCAAGAUUAAAUUGCUAGCUGAAAGUGCAAAGCACAACCCCUUCCAGAGAUCUUGCUGCUGCAGUGCGUUGAGUAGCCUCUGCCCUGUUUCUUUUCUUUUCUUUUUUCGCUGAGUCAUUGUAUAAAUUGAGACAUACAUAUUUUUUGCUGUGUGUGUGCUUUAGCUAUUGUCUCUGCUUUAGCAAUUGUCUCUGCUUGCCAGCACCAUAUGGGAUCAAUUGUUUGAUCUCCCUGCUAUUCUGUCUACACAGAAGUGUAUAUUUUUAGUUUGUGAUGUGAACAUAAUCAUUUACGUGAUUUCCAAAUGUCCAGAACCCCUGGUCAUUAGGCAUGCUGGAUGAGGCUGAUGGGAAUUAGUAGUGCAGCAGCAUAUAGAGAGCUGCAAAGUUUCCAUCCCUGCUUCACAACAACCUGAAAGGUACCCAAGUCUGAUAAGCCUCAAAUUGCAGAGAUUAAGAGCAAGAGUGGCUUGCCUUAGGCCAUCUAAUCUAUGGUAGAAUGAAAAUCACAUCGGGUUUCCUGCCUCAUUUAAUCUCUUUGCCACCUUGCUGUACCAAUUGUAGUGUGCUCUCAUCAUAUGCUAAUGGUUCUGCCUAAAUUACUUAUAACUUGUGGUGGCGGGGGGUGGGGCAGAAUCCUUUUUUUUUUUUUUGGCCCCUGGGAUCAAAAAAAUGAUGCUAGUUCCCAGGGAAAUGUUAAUAUGAGCCUCAGUUGAAUUCAGUAGAUCCUGCUUCAGAGUAAACAUUAAUUAGCUAGAGCAGUUAAGGCCAUUUCUUCAUACUUUCAAAUGAGACUUAGAAUUAACUGUUGUAAGUGAGGAAUCUGUCCUGGAUGUAAUAUAAACUAUUUUUAACUCUGUACAAACGUAUAAAUGUUCUCCCUCAUUGAAUUAAAAACCUAUCUUGCAUAGGCUUCAUUUUCUUGUCUUAUGUGAAUGUUGUAAAGAGCAUUCAUGUAAUGUUAGGCGCAUGAGCCAGUUGUACUCCUUCUUUCCUAUUUGGGGAAUUCCAAAUGCCCACAUCUUACAGUCAUCUCCCACCUCUUUGAAAAUGACUAAGCCUGCUUCUCCUUCCUGUUAAAGGCAGAGAUGAGGGAGGGAGAAUGUCUACAGCACAAUAUCUUCAUUGCUCCUCUCACUGUAUGCUGAGGCAGCCAGUGGAGCUGGCACCAGUAUUUUUAGCUAAUUUGCUGCAUGCUCCAUUUGAAUGUAGUAACAUAAUCAUAAACUUGCUUACUCUAAAGGAAAUCCCAUGUUAUCCAUUGGGGCUUACUCCCUAGUAAGUGAGCUGGUGAUUGCAGCUGAAGACUCCUUAGUGGGGUUAAUGGUUGGGGUAGCAAACAUUUGGUUUGCUGUUGCCACCAAUUUCAGGCAGUGGUUGUAGAAGUAAGGUGAUUGUGAGGAAGGGAGUGCACAACAGCAACAAAAUGAGCAAAAAUUAGAGCCUGGAAGGGGUGAGGAUAAUAAUGAGGGACAAGGAUGCACAGAGAAAAAAGGGGUGACAUGGAGUGCAAAGUGAUUUGGAGGGUGAGGAAGAGAAAAAAUAAGUACCUAUGAAGUGAGGGUGCUGAGAAAUCUGCAGAUAGAGAUGCAAAAAGGCAGCAAUUUCCAUUCAUCACAGUCGGCACUGUUUCCAUUCCGCUGCAGUUUAGUUUCCACCAUAUACAGUGUCAUUUGUGCUCUGUCUGCUGUUUAACAUAAGUUAAAUAACUAUUUACUUAAGGUAUGUAACUUACAUUCAUUUCAGUCUAAAGCAAAUGUCAAAACAGUGGUUUAAAAAGUCAUCUGCAGACUCAAAGAAAACAACAGUGAUGUCUUUGCUUGAUUAAUUUAUGCUCCUGACCACAGAUGAACCUUUAACUGCAGCAAUCUCUGCUUCCACUUGCUUUUCUGUUUUUGGCUUAAUUCCCUCACACUACUCAUGAGUGAUGGAAAAGAGGAAUAAUGGAUGGAGUGCAGAAAGAGAAAAAAUGGUGUGCUGUGAAAUGCAGAAAAUACCACAGAUUUGGGAUUAGAAUAGAUGAGAAUACAUACAGAGAGCUCUGAAGGAGGGACAAAAAAACUUCAGUUAAUUUUUAAAACAAAAUUCUUUCCUGCAGUUGACAUAAGAAUUCAGACUUUGUAAAAAAAUAUAAAUGGCCCUUGAAGUGGUGUGAGAUGUAUCUUACUGGGUUGUGAAUGUUCUUACAACCACAACAAAUCUGUCUGCUAGAGAGAAGUGGGAGAUGGAAAAUAUUCAGGUAACUGGCAGAAGACUUACACUUUCUCUCACUAAAGUACUGUUCCUUGAACAAAAUUGUUACGGCGAGGUAACCUCUACCAUCAGACCUGCUUCUGUCCCAUGGUAAUAGAACCUGACAUCUGCUGUCAAAAUGCCUUGGUUCAUGGCUGCCCUCUUCUUAUUUUUCUGCAGGGCCAGUGCAGAAAAUCAUGCAGUCAUCUGGGCACAGGUUCCGCGACGUCGAGCAUCACCCGCUGCUUGCCGAAAAUGA